ACAAGAGAUGGAAAAUACCCCUGAUAGACAGAUUAUUUCCAGUCCUGAACCCAAGACCAGAGAUCAGUUCCUUCAGUACUCUCUUCAGCUGACACUGGAUCCAAACACACUGUAUAAACACCUCCGUCUGUCUGAGAGGAACCGAGUGAUCCAAUUCUCUCGCACAGACCAGCGGUGCCCUGAUCAUCCAGACAGAUUCGACUGUUGUCAGGUGUUGUGUAAGGAAAGUGUGUCUGAACGCUCUUACUGGGAGAUCAAGUGGACUGGUGGUGUAGAUAUAUCAGUGGCAUAUAAGAGCAUCGGGAGGAAGGAAUUGGGCCAUGUGUGUCAUUUUGGACGUAAUGAUAAAUCCUGGAGAUUGUACUGCUCUGAAUCCAGAUUCUCUUUCAGUCAUAAUGACAAAUGGAUUAAUCUCCCUGUAGUGUCCAGCUCUGAUAGAAUCGGAGUGUAUGUGGAUGAGAGAGCAGGAACUUUGUCCUUCUACAGCGUCUCGGACACAAAUAUGACCCUCAUCCUCAGCAUCAACACCAUAUUCACUCAACCACUCUAUCCUGGAUUUGCAAUCGUUUCAAUUCAUUCCAAAGUGACACUCUGUGAUCUAAGAAUGUAGAUGAUUCAGAAAUGAAACAAAUUAUAUAAUUAUCUUAAAGUGCUUGAAAAAACAUAACAACUAAAGUGACCUUUAUGUUCUAUUUUAAAUGCAGGUUUAAAUGCAUCCACGGUCAAAUAACGCUAGAAUUUUAUAAUAACUUUUCUCAAAUAUCUCUAAACAGUUCCCUUCAAGCAGUUCAUGAUUCAGUUUCUCUAAACCCCACCGUUCCACAAGUCCACUGUGCUCUGAUUGGUCAGCCACCCCAGUCUGUUACGAUUUGUCUUUCCACAUAGACGCACAAGUACAUUUCAGCCCUUGGAGGCUUAUAGUUACCUACACAGAGAUUAUUAGUACACGGAGAUACUACACUAACUAUUUGUGUUAUAAAAAUAAUGACAAUUCUGUAUGCGAAAUAACCCACAGCUAACACAGUAUAUUAAAGCCAUGUUAAUGCAUUAGCCGCAAUUCUAACAUGACUGACAACAAAAUCUAUCCAUAUCCUUUUUCAUAAAUCAAGAAUAAUAUAAACAACAGACACUCUACAUUAAACGACACAUUUUUAGACAGUAUUGGGCUCACACCUGAUUAUCAGAACUAUUUCAGAAGAACAGUAAUAGCUGCUGUAGGUGUGCAUAAAAAAACACAU